UAUUUUUAUUUUUUGUAUUUCUGUUCUAUUUAUAUGUAAAAGAAAAUUGUUCCAGAGCAAUGACUGAUUGUAAUGAAACUUCGUGUCGGCUUUGCCUUAAAAAUAUAACCGAUGAAAGCUAUGAAGUGGUAGACAACAUUAUAAGAGACACUUUAGAUGUUCUUUUGCUGAAAUUGAAAUUUCAUAGCGAGAGCAAAGAGGUUAUAUGUAACGUCUGCAGAAGAAAGUUAAAUUCGGCAUCAGAAUUUAAGUCAAUGUGUUUGAAUACGGAUAACACAAUUAUUCCUUAUGUGGACAGCGAAAAAAUGAUACAGCUCGAUUUAAGACAAGUGUACGUGCAGGAAAAGAAAAGUGAAUUAGUUUGCAGUCAGAAAAUAUGUCGAUUGUGUAUACACCUAGUAGAAAGUGAGUAUAGGUGCAUAGGUGAUGGGGAACUUGAAGCUAUUGAGAAAUUGGCUCCUGAAAUGAAUAUGAAUAUCGUCAAAGAUCCCGUGAUUUGUAAGCCAUGCUUCGAUUCACUGCGUACUCACAACAGUUUCCUUAAAGAUUGCUUAGAGCUAGAAGAAAAAAUUAAAAGUAUUUUUGAUAUUUCAGCCACAGGAAGCCAAAUAGAUACGUCUCCUCUUGAUUUAUUCGUUAAAACUGAAAACCUGGAUGAGGAAUUCGAUAUUAACGAGAUGGAAAUGUCCAUCAAAGCUGAAAGUAUCGACAUAAAAUCGGAAAAUGAGGAAAGGAGAACUUGGUCUUUGUUGAUUAUUUAUUACCGAUUAAUAUGA